AUGAGGGCGCAAAUUUUCAGCCCAGAAGGUGAGGCACAAGACGACGAAGGCGAUGGACUCGAGGAUCUUCCAGAGGAAGUUAACGACGAGACACUUGAUGAUCUGGACUUGGCAGCAGAUGUCUGCGAGGAUGCUCAGGCAGCUUGGGAAGCCUUCCUGGAACACUAUCCAUCUCGGCAGGCUGCGGGCGAGGCCAUCUUUGCUUCGGUUUUCGAUGUAAACCCCAGUUUGCAAGUCUUCUUCAAAACUCCUACUUCCGUAUUGUCCACGAAGUUUGUGAAUGGCUUCUCCUCCGUCGUGUCGAACGCUGGUGAUCCGGCCUCUUUGAAGCCUCUGGUGGAGACGCUGGGCUUUCAGCACAUGGAUUAUGAUAUAAACCGACAGAAGAUCCAACACUUUCGCGAUGCUAUCGUGGAUCUUCUUGAAAUGGACCUGGGGGGCACAGUAACAGCAGCUGGAAAGUACGGAAUAGCGGCCCUGAUCAACUACGUUGGUGGUGCAUGCAUGUAUAUUCGACGAGAGUAUGCGGUUCGUGUGCGGCUCAUUCAUUCCUCUUGGGCAACGGCUACGAAGUCGGAGGAGCCCGAAGAGGAGCCGGAGAAGAAGCCGGAAGGGUCUCAAUCUCCUGCUGACGACGAAGAGAAUCCGGAAAAUUCCCAGGCUCAAGCCCAAGGUGCAGAGGGUGCUGGCAAUGCUGCAAGUGUUCCGACAGGCUUCUUUGAAAUGUUUAUGUUCAAUGCGGCUGUAAUGGGGUACAACUCAAGUCAGCAUUGGAUGGACUUGAUACUUGAGCAGCUUGACAACAUUGUGAAGAACAUUGCCAACACCGCCCGUGUGCAGGAAGAGUGCAGCACGCUAGCACUCAGAGUGGACAAGUUCUCCGCGCAAGUGGAGUUCAGGGAAUUCAAAUCGGUGGCCAUGUCUUCGCUCAAGGCCUGCGUGCCGGAUUGGGGUGACGAUCAUGAGGUCGCCUGGGAUUGGCUAUGGGGCCAUUUGGACAGAAUGCUGACGGAGUUGCGUGGCAAGCCAUCGACACAUACGAGGCGGCUCGGCAAGUUCUUGGAGAACCUGUCGGAGGAAGAUGCCCAGCAAGUCCGUGAAAGUGUUCACCAAAGCUUCUUCGAGCUGGCUCCUGCGGGCCAGGACUAUUUCAAGCAGUCGAACACGCGGCUUUACUUCAUCUCCCAGAUGGUCAUCGAUCUGAGUCUUCGGCUUUACGAGGAGCCCGAAGAAAGCAUCCGACAGAUCUCAGAGCUUGGCCUGAAGCACGUGGGUUUGUCCAUCCCCACCGAGUUCUUCCCACCUUUCGUGACGGCUGUCACUAUGGCCUUCUCGAAGGUCUCGACGUCAGAGGCCAUCACGGAAGCUUUCCGCUGGUCCAUUGCCCUCAUCGGUAAAGUCCUGGCAAGAACCGUCAUUGAAGGCUCUACGCUUGUCAUGAAGGCAGUCACGACUGACGACGACCUCGAGUUCAAGAAGGCAAUCGCAAUUGCUCCACGUGGGAAGCGCGCUUCGCAGAUCUUGAACAUCACAGUUGGCACGCAGAGUAUCUCACCCUUGUACUGGGCGAUAGACAACGGGAGCUUGAAGGUAGCCAGUGCGAUGUUUCAGGAUCUGCUCACCAUUCGGGCUGAUCGGACCCUGUACUUCUACGGAUGUGAUGCCUUAUUCCAGCGCCAUCCAGACGUUUUGCAUUAUCUCAUCGUCCAUGCUCGGUCUCUCAUCCGACCGUUCCUAGAUGGUUUGAUCUGGCGGUCAAGGACGGCUAUCGAAGGUCAGAGGCGCGUCAACUAUUAUGUCAAGCACUUGAUUCAAGACGCAGACGGGAACUUCAGCCAAGCGCUAGAAUGGGUAGCAGAAAGUCAAGACACCGAACUGGCGUGCCAUCCAGUUCUCCUGCUAGUCUCUGACACCAUCUGGGAUGGGCUGGCGAGCCGGUUCUUCAUCCUAGAUCGCUUUGCAUACAUGUUCUUUUUGGCGGUCUUCAUUCUCAGCCAGUCCUUCCUGCAACAUCUGAAUGGUGGGAGUCCAGAUUUGCCCGUUAGAAUUGCCACCUUCUCUUGCCGCAUCGUCGUCUAUGUGGGCAGCAUGGCGCAGCUACUGUAUCUACAUGCUCGGCGGCUUCGUUCAGAGAUUCGGGACAUACGGCAGGGUAAAGAAAACAGCAUCACUUGGUGCUGCAUGGUUCCGGUGCCGUCCUACUUCCUCAAUAUCCAGAACAUUUUUAAGUUUCUGCUGUUGCUGUUCCUCGUGCUAACAUGUGCCGUCGACCCGAUGAUUUGGUGCUUGGCAAACGGAGACAGCGAGCUCUUCACGCAAAAUUGUUCAGCUGGCUUACGUCUUCAGGACGCGUACUCGACGCUGUCCAUGAUGACAAUGCUUAUCUACUGGCUCAUCCUCAGUGGUUUGUCAAUUUUGUCGAUGAGGCUCGCGGCUUUCGCUCUUGGCUGUGCCCAGGUGUUGGAGGAGCUGGGUCUGUUCUUGGGGGCGCUUGUCUUCCUUAUUCUCAUGUUCGCGAGUUCCAUGAGCACGCUGGACCACAGCAGCGCUGCUUUCACGGGCUUGCCAAAGGCCAGCAUUUCCCUUUGGGAAAUUUCAGUCGGCAUGUUCAGUCUGAACAGGCUGGAAGGUGUCAACAGGGAUCCAGUGUUGCUCCUCAUGCUUGCGGUAUUCGUGACGCUCGCCAUUGUCUUUUUGCUGAGCCUGCUGGUGGCACAGUUCUUGGGCGUGUUCCUGACCAGGUAUGAGGACAUGGUGGGUUAUGCUCGGCUGAAGCGGUGUAGCGUCGUAGUGACGACGGUCCGGAGUUUGUCUGCAAAGCGCUGGGCAGACUUUCUUGAGACACUGCAGCUCGAAGAGCCGCUGGAGUUCUCUGAGGGGGACAUUGGCUUUGCAGGAGGGAUUCAGGUGCAUGAGCCAGCCUCCGACCACCCCACGUCGACGGAAAGCAUCGUGCGAUUUGGUGGUUCCGCCUCGGCAUCCAUGCCUUGGCCCGAGUCCGGAUCGGACUUCCAGGAGGAUCCCUACGAGGUCUUGGAACGUCAGAUCUUGCAUCUGGCGAAGAAGACGACGGCAGGCACCCACGAUCGAGACAGGCCCAUGUCCAAGGUCAGCGGCAGCUCUCUGCCGUCGCAGGCCUCCAGUGUGGCCCUGUCUGGUGUCGACGGCUCACACAGUGAUCAUACAAGCGGAUCCACGGAGUAG